AUGGCGUCGUUCUCCUCGCCUCCAAGACUUCCCAGGGGGCUCAGACGGCGGCUGAGUCUUGUCGACUAUAACAAGACUCCUAACACCACCAAAAAAAUCGAAACCAAGCUCCGGUUUGCCGAUCUUCGCCGACAGGGUACACUUACUGCAACCCCUCCUACUCCUUCUCCCGCUCCAUCUCCAGAGCCAACAAUUUCUCCAUAUCCUGCUUCUCCAGUUCACUCUCCAGCACCAUCACCUGACAGUAAUCAUCUCCCACCAGCACCAUCCGAAGUACCUCCACAUCCUCGUCCAUGUCCAUACCGCGGUUCUGGAAUUCCUCCAAGCUCCUCACCAACUUCUCAUCCUAACCCUACUGUUCCUCCUACUUAUGCACCUAACGGUUCCCCUACGAGUCCCUCAUCUCAAUUCCCCCAAGCUGAAUCACUGGUUGAGAUUCAGUUCAGGUUUACCUAA